AUGAAAAGAGAACAAAAGAUAAGGAAACUAGAAUCUGAUUUAAAGAUUAAGCAAAACGAAAUUGAGGAAUUGAAUCAGCAAAAGCCUAAACUUGAAUCUUAUAUUAAAAAGCUUGAAGCUAGGAAUGAGGAGCUAGACAGAACUGUUAAGACACUGAUAAGUAAAGUAUAUUCACUUGAAAGUAAAAUGAAAACAGAGUCACUUGGACCUGCUAAGCAAACAAGUGAAAAAAUUGAAUCCUUAUUUUAUACAUUUUAUUUGUCAUUUUUUUAUUUCAGGAUCGAACUGUGUUCGUUCAGCGGGUUCAAAAUCUACCCUGGUCAUGGCAAGAAAGUUGUCAAGACUGAUGGAAGGGUUUUCCAGUUUAUCAGUUCUAAAUCCGAGAGGUCACACUUGAUGAAGAGAAACCCUCGUAAAAUCAACUGGACAGUUCUAUACCGAAGAAAGUACAAGAAGGGUCAGUCUGAGGAGAUCUCCAAGAAGAGGACACGUAGAACAACAAAGUUCCAGAGGGCAAUUACUGGUGCCACCCUGAAUGAUAUCCUGGCCAAGCGUAACCAGAAGCCUGAAGUGAGAAAGGCUCAGAGAGAGCAAGCCAUAAGAGCUGCUAAAGAAAAGCAAAGAGCCAAGGAUGCACAGAAGAAGGCACAGAGGGCAACUUUACAGAAGGCCCAGCCUAAACAGAAAGCUGCAAAAACGAUGCAGACCAAGGCUCCAAGAGUGGGUGGAAAGCGAUAAUUUAUUGUACAUAAAACUUGAAAAUAAACCUGGAAAACCCACAA